GCGUCCGCAUCCCUCUCUCGCCGCUUUCCCGUCUACGAAAAAACACUUACUUUCAAAAAGACAAAAUUUUGAGAACCCUACCUCGGGAGGUGCCGCCAGCGACUCCGUAACACUCAAACCUAACACCACGACGAAAGUGAAUCUGAACUUCAUACCGAGUUUUAAGGUUAAAUUUACUCGUUACGACACCGGUCUUUAUUAGCUGCUGAAGCUUCGGAAAGUAAAAACCCUACAGAAGGAAGAAGUCGCGUUUGUGAUCUUUAGGUGUGUCGCCGCUGUACAGACAGAAAGCUAGACCAGAGCAGGUGCAUUCGGUGGAAGCUUUGAGUAAUACUGGGUUAGAUAAAAUGGUAAACACAACGGUUGUCCUUUACGCAAUCCGCCAUUCAUUUCCGAAGAAAUUCGCCAUAACGAAUCAAAAGCGGAAUUAAAUAAUAAAAUAGUCAGAAGGAACACAAUAUUUAGAAAAUUAUUUAACCCGAAGCUUCGCCCAUGGUGGCCCACGAAGGACCUCCGCAUCUGCGGCUGGAUCUUCGUUCGAAACCCAGCGGCCUCUGCAGAGCUGCCAAGGAUGUAUUGUCACAAACAGUUGCGGACUGCGUCAGUUCCAGCUCAUUAAAAAUCACAACGUCCCAAACAACGCCCCCGGUCUCUGGGACUCCGGACCCAUCAAAACCUCCCACUCUCGUAAAAGACACAAGUACGACAACCGGAGCUCCCUUCGUUUUAAAUCCGGAGCACGACGCCACUCGAGCCACUUUCAUUGACUGGUUAUUGGGUCUCUUGGGCUUCGGGGGUUCGCAAGGCCAAUACCCGGAAGAAGUCCAACCCCCUAAAGACUGUCCUGUUUGCACAUGUGGAUUAACUUAUAAAAACAAAAGAAUCGUGGGGGGUAUCGAAACUUUAAUUAAUCAAUAUCCAUGGAUGACUGCGUUGACGUACAAUAACAGAUUUUACUGCGGGGCUUCUGUUAUCAACAAUAGGUACCUGAUAACGGCGGCGCAUUGUGUCAACGGUUUCGCGAAGGAAAGGUUGGCAGCGGUUUUCCUGGACCACGACAGAUCGAACUACUUCGAGUCUCAAGUGUUUACUCGAAGAAUAAGCAAAGUCUACAGACACAGGUACUACGGCUCCGGCGGGUCCUACAACAACGACAUAGCGCUGCUCAAAGUCGACAAGGAACUCAACAUAACUGGGUUACUUAAACCCGUGUGUCUUCCGCCCACCGGCAAGAGUUUCACGGGUCAUAAAGGCAUUGCCAUCGGGUGGGGAACGACCAAGCCGCAUGGUCAAGUCUCGACCGUUCUGCGAGAAGUUGAGGUGCCCAUUCUAUCAAAUAUCGACUGCAGAAGAACUGGUUAUGGAAAUAAAAUUACGGAUAACAUGCUGUGUGCAGGGUACUCGUAUGGAAUGAAGGAUUCCUGUCAGGGGGACAGUGGGGGACCGCUGCACGUUGUUAAUGGCACUUCCCACUACGUUGUAGGUGUUGUGUCUUGGGGCGAAGGAUGCGCUGAACCAAAUUUUCCAGGAGUGUACACAAGAGUAAAUAGAUACAUAUCCUGGAUCAAAAGCAACACCAGAGAUGCCUGCUACUGCUAGCGACUAACUUGUACUAAUGACGACUUGUACAUACUUUUUCUAUUAAUUUAUAAUAAUUUAACAACUACAAGACAAA